AUGGUGGUUGACAGUAAACUGUACGACAUCUUGGGAGUAUCCCCAGAUGCGAAUGACGCAGAAAUAAAGAAAGCCUAUAAGAAGCAGUCGUUGGCCAAUCACCCCGAUAAAAAUCCUGGCGACGAUGGCGCAUCGCAGCGGUUUCAGGAGGUGGCCAAUGCAUAUGAAACUCUAUCAGAUCCGGAUGCGCGUGCAGCAUAUGAUCGCUAUGGUAAUGCUGAUGAUAUUCCAGGUAUGGGUCCAGGGAUGGACAUGGAUGAUAUGUUCGCGUCAAUGUUUGGAAAUGCCACAUUCGGCUUUGGCAAAGGACGUCCUAAGCGUGCACAGGAUAGCGUCUUGCCGUAUGAUGUGAAACUUGAGGAGCUAUACAAUGGCAAGGUUGCCCAUUUCGCUCUAGAAAAGAAUGUUGUGUGUUCACAUUGCCAAGGUACGGGCGGAAAACCUGGUGCUGUGGCCAAAGACUGUGUUACUUGCGGAGGCAAAGGUCGAGUUUUGCAGCAACGUCAUGCUGGUAAUGGUAUGAUAUCCCAGACCAUGGCAACUUGCUCAUUGUGUGAUGGCAAAGGCAAGAAGUACCGCGAAAAAGAUCAGUGCAAGAAAUGUCACGGUAAAUGCGUUGUGACGGCAAAGACUCGUCUUCGAUUGGAGAUUCCGCGCGGCGGGUAUGAUGGUCAGCGUAUCGUCUUUGAAGGAGAGGGUGAUCAACUGCCGGACACUAAGCCCGCAUCGAUCAUUUUUGAGCUGAAGCAAAAGCCACACGAAACUUUCCAGGUUCGCAACUUGGAUCUGUUAGCAACUGUGAAUAUUCCGCUCUCAGAAGCUCUUCUUGGAUUUUCUCGGACUAUUCUUACUCAUCUAGAUGGACGUCAUAUCCAUGUUACAAAACAGCAGGGCGAGGUAAUCCGCCCGAACCAAGUGGAUAUAAUCCGUGGCGAGGGAAUGAUGGAUCAGAGGUACCUUGACCGUCGUGGUGAUUUAUUUAUUGCAUGGAACAUCGAAUUUCCUCCGGAUGACUGGAUGCGAUCUAUGGAUGCCGACGCAUUUUGCCGCCUCCUUCCGCCCAAGCGGCCCACUGUACCAUCAUCCGGCGAUACUAUUGUGGAUGAGGUUGCUACUUUGCCCGGAAAUAUGGAUGAAUAUGGCAACAAUGUUGGCACGCAGCAUCAGGAGAGGGACGAGUUUGACGCUGGUGAACCUGAAGUCCAAUGCGCCCAACAGUAA